AUGGCUCGCUCGUCGAGUGUUCUUGCCGGCGGACUUCUUGGUGCUGCCUCUUUGGGAGGCCUAGCCUUCUUGGCGCCCGGGCAGAGCCGUCCUCAGCCGGUGCAGCCAGAGGUUGCUCAUGCGCAGGGAUUCCUGGCAUCCAGCACUGGCACCAGCACCAGCAGCACGGGUGCUGUGCAGGGCAUGGCUGGUGCCUUGGCCGUGGCCGGCUUGAGCGUUGCUGCUGUGCGAGGCGCAUCGGCUGCUUCGCGCCAGCAGGGCAUCAAGCCUCGCGCAGCCAAGAGCGUCGUUGCAUGCAGAUCUUUGGCCAAGCUGAAGAUUGACGGAGUCGACCUGAAGGACAAGCGUGUCUUCAUCCGCGUUGACUUCAACGUGCCUCAGGACAAGAAGGACCCGAACAUCAUCACCAACACGGCCCGAAUCGAUGCCGCUCUGCCCACCAUCAAGUAUGCCCUGGACAACGGUGCCAAGUCUGUGGUGCUCUGCUCGCACUUGGGCCGCCCCAAUGGGCAGAAGGAUGAGAAGUUCAGCAUGAAACCGGUCGCCAAGGUGGUCGAGGAGAAGUUGGGAGUGCCGGUGAAGCUGAUGGAUGAUGUGGUCGGCGAGGAAGUCGAGGCUGCCUGCGCUGACCCUGAGCCGGGCACCGUCAUUCUGCUGGAGAACUCCCGCUUCUAUGUUGAGGAGGAGGGCAAGGGAAAGGAUGCCGAUGGGAACAAG